ACUUCAUUGCUGGCAUAAGUUGUCUAAGCUUAGCUGUCAUUGCGUUAUUUUUAAACGGUGACUUCAUUAUUUGACUCAUCCUAACUGACUCGGACGUCAUAAAAUGAAAACAAUCAAUGUUAGCAGCCAUUAAAACCAGUGUGGCAAACAAAAACUCACCAAAAUCACUGCAUUCAUAUAACGAAACACCCAAAAGUGUGGAUUAARCGAUGGGUGGUGCAGUGACAAAAGACAAGGGAGCAUUACAAUAUACACAACGUAAUAUAUAUCUGAACAACAAACAGACAUUCGGAUGGCUUUCUCCGACUCGUCCAAUCACUCUUCAUCAAAAGGCUCUUUUCUGUUUAUGGAUUCUUAUAAUUGUAUCGUGGCUAUCUUAUUUUAUAUAUCAAUUCAAACGUAAAUGGGAAGCUAGAAGAAAAUUUAAAGAUCCCGCUGACAUCGAACCUGACCAUAUACCAGAUCCAGACGAAGAUAAACAAGAACAGCAUCCAGUACAACCUUCAAUUUCACGUUUUGGACGAGGUGAUGCAACCGUAGAGAGCGAAUCAACGCAGUGUGUUCUUGRUGAGAAUACAAAACCAUGUAAAAGAGGAGACACGUUUGUUGAAUGGCUCAAAGAAACAGCUACAGAUCAACCAGACAUCGGGGAGUUUCUAGGAAAAGCUUCUAUAUUUGGAUUGUUUAUGCUGUAUUUUUGGCUUUGUGACUAUCAGCACAUUUGGCCAAAAACAGACAAGCAAUACUCUAGGGAUAUGUUUACAUUUCUUUUCACUCUAUUGGUGUUCGUGGCGGUUGUAUUAACUGUCAAAAAGACACCAGAAAAACUACUAAACAGAGAUCAGACCGAGGAAUGGAAAGGAUGGAUGCAGGUCCAGUUUGUAUGGUAUCAUUAUUUUGAUGCACAGGAAGUAUUCAAUUCUAUACGAUGUUACAUCGCAUCAUACGUGUGGAUGACAGGAUUUGGAAACUUCUCAUACUUCUGGACAAGGAAAGACUAUUCUAUCUUUCGUCUUCUAAAAAUGAUGUUUCGAUUAAAUUUCUUGGUCAUCAUGGUAAUGGCAGUAACAAAUAACGAGUUUGUUCGAUACUAUAUUUGUGCCAUGCACACUUACUGGUUCUUGUCCGUAUAUGUCAUGAUGGCGGUAUUCAAGUCCUACAACACAAACAGAACAGUGAUGGCAGGRAAGUUUAUCGCUUACCUGGUAAUCAACGUGCUAAUAUUUGACAUUCCUGGAGCAUCGUAUAAAGUCUUCUGGCCWUUCCAGUUCAUUUUGAAUGUCAAGGGAAAUCUUAACUAUUGGGUUUAUCGCUCAACUUUGGAUCACCUUGCUACUUGGGUGGGGAUGUUAUGUGCCUAUAACUACCCCUACGUGGAUCAAUUCCUGGCCUACCUGGACAAGAAGCAYGAUACAUGUAGAGAUAGAAAGAUCGCAAUGACCAUCAAAAUUGGCUCUAUUAUAUUCUGUAUUGUACUGUUUGCGCUCUGGAUGAACUUUAUCCUGUUACAAGAAAGGGAAUACUACAAGAAAAUCCACCCUUUUACAUCAUGGAUACCCAUUCUUAUCUAYAUCUGGCUGCGCAAUAUUUUUCCAUAUCUACGGUCCACGUAUUUGAACCUAUUUGCAUGGCUUGGGAAAAUUACGUUAGAAACGUAUCUCUCUCAAAUCCAUAUAUACAUGAUAGGAAAUGCGCAAAAGAACUUGAUAUACAUCCCUGGUUAUCCCAUGUUAAACUUYAUGCUUGCAACUAUUAUAUACGUAGCGGUUUCGUAUGUUCUUUUYCAGCAUACGUUGUUUUUCAACGCUUUUAUUUUUCCUAAGAAYAUGAGAGUUGUUUGUAAAAAUCUUGUUAUUUUAGGUAUCCUUAUUGUGUUUUGUUAUGUAUUUUCGUUUAUUUUGACGAUAACUCAUUUAUGGUAGACAUUUGUAGGUAUACUAUAUUAAAA